GGGACGCGGGGCGGGCGGAGCGCUGAGCGCGUUGCACCGCGUCCCGCCACCAGCGCCAUGGCGCCCAGCGGCAAGGUGGCAGUAGUGCUGUGCCUGGAUGUAGGCCUUACAAUGAGCAGUUCUUCCCCUGGUGAAGAGUCUUCACUUGACCAAGCCAAGAAGAUUAUGACAAAGUUUGUGCAGAGACAGGUUUUUGCUGAGAGUAAAGAUGAAGUUGCUGUAGUUCUGUUUGGCACUAAUGGCACUAGAAAUGGCCUUGCCAGUGAGGAUCAAUACCAAAACAUUACUGUACAUAGAUCACUGAUGCUGCCAGAUUUUGAUCUGCUGGAAGACAUUCAAAAUAUGAUUAAAGCAGGCUCUGCACAAGCAGACUUUCUGGAUGCUAUUAUUGUGUGUAUGGACUUGCUUCAGAAAGAAACAAUAGGAAAGAAAUAUGAGAAGAGACACAUUGAAUUGUUUACAGACCUUAGUAGUCCUGUCAGUGAGGAUCAGCUGGAAAUUAUCAUUGCUAACUUGAAGAAAACAGGAACUUCAAUUCAGUUUUUUCUGCCAUUCCCAGUGAGUGUUGAUGAUGGAAGUGGAGAUAAAAGUGCCAGUGUACAUGCUCAUAUGCACAAAAACUCUUUUCCAAUGAAGGGUUUAACUGAACAACAAAAGCAAGGUAUUGAUGUGGUGAGGAAGCUCAUGUAUACUUUGGAUGAAGAAGGAGGGCUGGAAGAAAUUUAUACUUUCAGUGAGAGCCUGGAACGCCUUUCAAUGUUUAAGAAAAUGGAAAGGAAGCCAAUGCCUUGGCCCUGCCAACUCACUAUUGGUCCUAAUUUGUCUAUAAGGAUUGUGGCCUACAAAUCAGUCACAGAGGAGAGGGUGAAAAAACUUUGGGCAAUUGUGGAUGCUAAAACCCUCAGAAGAGAGGAUGUGCAAAAAGAGACUGUUUACUGCUUGAAUGAUGAUGAUGAGACAGAGGUUCAGAAAGAUGAUACUAUUCAAGGUUUUCGGUAUGGGAGUGAUAUAGUUCCUUUUUCCAAGGAAGAUGAAGAGCAAAUGAAAUACAAAACAGAAGGAAAGUGUUUUUCUGUUUUGGGAUUCACUAGAUCCUCACAGAUCCAGAGGCAUUACUACAUGGGCAACCAAGCUCUGAAGGUCUUUGCAGCAAAGGAUGAUGCGAAUGCAGCAGUUGCUUUUUCUGCACUUGUUCGUGCAUUGGAUGAGUUGAAAGUGGUGGCUGUAGUGCGCUAUGCUUAUGAUAGAAGAUGCUAUCCACAAAUUGGAGUAGCUUUUCCAUAUAUUAAGGAUACAUAUGAGUGUCUCAUCUAUGUGCAGCUACCCUAUAUGGAAGACUUAAGACAGUAUGUAUUUUCAUCCUUGAAAAACAGUAAAAAAUGCAUUCCUACAGUGGAUCAGUUAUCUGCUGUUGACUCACUGAUUGAUUCUAUGAAUUUGGUUCAUGAAGAUGGAGAAACUUUUGAGGACCUAUUUAAGCCCAGCAAAAUUCCAAACCCUCACUUUCAGAGAUUAUAUCAGUGUUUGCAGCACAAGGCUUUUCACUCUGAUAAGCCACUGCCACCAAUAGAACAGCAUCUUUUAGAAAUGCUAGAGAUGCCUUGUGUGGUAAGAGAAAGGUGUCAGGCUCCUCUGGAAAGAGUAAAAGCACUUUUCCCCCUAAAGGAAGUUGGCAAGAAAAAAGAAGAGAAGACUGCACAAGACAUCUUCAAAGACAAUGAAGAUGAACCCAGUCUUAAGAAACCAAAAAUUGAAGAUGAGGAAGAAGGCUUUAGCCUUAUGAAACUUGCUGAAGGCAAUAUCACCUCUGUAGGCAGUGUUAACCCAGCAGAAGAUUUCCGAAUUCUGGUGAGGAAGAAAAAUGCUGACUUCAAAGAUGUGAGUCAGCAGUUGAAAAACCGCAUUGAUCAGUUCUUGGAAAACAAAGGUUCCCAGUACUACAUGAAAGGGAUCGACUGUAUCAGAGCUUUUAGAGAGGAGGCCAUGAAGCUGUCCAAGGUGCAGUGCUUUAAUGACUUUCUGCAGGCACUGAAAUCAAAGUUGGAAGAUAAAGCCUUAUCUGAUUUCUGGGAGAUCAUGGUGCAAGAAAGGAUUUCUUUGAUCACUAAAGAUGAAGCAGAAGGAAGUUUGGUGACAGGUGAAGAGGCUGAGAAGUUCUUGGCUCCAAAGGAAGAGAAAAAUGAAACUCUGCCUCCUACAGAUGAAGGUGGUGAUGUUGAUGAUCUGCUGGACAUGAUGUGACCAGUGAUAUAUGGUGACUGUGGAAGCAAAGUUUUGGAAGAGAUGGCUCUGUGAGAUGGGGCCCAAAAAAAGAUGCUAAUGAGAAGAAAGUACAUCCAUCUUUAUUUUCUCAAAUGAGAACAGAAAUCCCAGAAAUGUUUCCAGCUGGUAUAAAUGGCAUCUGGCUUUCAAAACUAGAACAGAAGAUUGAAAUUGUCUGAAGUAUUUGGGCAGUAAUGAUACCUUUAAGGCAUCUUUUUUUUUUUUUUUCUUUUCUUUAGAACUGAAUUUAGCUUGUCCUUUGUAUUGCUUUUAGCUGAACACUACUAAAUUUAAUGAGAAUCUGCUCUGGUGCCUGAAAUUCCUGUUGCAUUGCCUGGGAAGAAAGACAGAAAUGUCACAGCAAGGUUACCAGGUAAUAGUGAAUAUUUAGUGGAGGUAACCCUAUAGGUUUAUUGUUACAGAAGUGAAAAAGUAUAUUACUUUCAUGCUUUAAAAAAACCAACCAACCAACUCAAAUAAACACAAAACAAGAUAGAGCAAAAAAACCAACAAAGCACCAUGAAAAACACCACAGAGGCUUGUGGGAAAAAAUUCUAGGUCAGGGACUGACAAGUUAAUAGUUUGAAAUUCACAACAGAAUCUGAAGCACACAGCAGAGCCAGGUGUGCUGAUUUUGCCACACUGACCCCAGAUCACUAAUUAUGGUCUUCUCUGCACUACAGGUUCACUUUCCUGUCAGCUCAGCAGCAGCCCAAGAUCUCUGUCCCUUUCUGUGAAACAUUUUCCUGUUUCAGGGGCUGGGAUUUUUGAUUUUUUUAGACUUGUAACUAGUACAGUUAGUGUAGAUGCUCCUGGUGCUGAAAGGAGAAUGAAUCAGUUCUGUGUCCACUCCAUACACUGCUGGGAGCUCACCCAGAGCAGAAGGGUCCCUCAAAGCUGUACACUGACAGCUGGGAUGGAGAAGUUAUAAUAGUUAACACUGCUAACCAGGAUGGAGUCAUGUCUGCACAGAGCAAUCCAAACUAGUGAAAUACUGCUUAGAAAGAGAUAUUCAAGUCUGAUUGCAGAGCUGAAGAGACGGUAAUGACACCUUCACACAUGCUUGUCUGUUAGAACCAGAUUCAUUCCUUUAAAACCUGGUGCUUCAUUAUUAUAAAUGUAUAAAUGUACUGUGCAAAAUGAUAUUAAGAUCACAAAAAAAGGAAAAAUCAUGAUCUGUAGUUGCAAAAUGUUGUGGAAUAUUUACACGUUAUACUGGCCAACAGCUCCUGUGUGGGAAAUAGGAAUUGUUUUUUGCUCCUACUUCCUUACAUAGCAACCUACUCUCUCCUGUCUUAGAUCCUAUCCUGACUGAGUUGAAAGCAUUUCUCAAAUACAGAUGGCAGGGAGCAAGUGAUUUUUGCAGACCUUUAUAGCUUUUGUAUCACCAGAAAAUAUUUUUCUCAACUGCAAAUAAGGAUUAUUUGAUCAGUGUUUUAAAGGCCAAUAUAUGGGGUAUGCUGGCUGGGGGUUUCUUAUACACUUUAUUUUUUUUUUUUUUGUUUAAUAAAAGUAUUUUAAAGGUCA